AUAAAUCCCUGUGAUCAUUCAAAAAACGCAGUUCAACAAACGGUUACAGUCUAGAAAGAGAUAAUAAUAACAGUUUUUCAUCAACAUGGCCCCAAUCGCAGGAAAAUAUCAACACGUUGAGAAUGUUAAGUUCUUCGAACUUAUGAAGAAAGCAGGAUACCCUGAAGACAAAGCCUCUGCUGCUGACAAAACUAGGGCAGUUGUGACGUUGACCAUAGAUGGCGAUAAAGUAACUACCAAAGUUGAAGAAGUCGGAGACGUUGUUGAAAACCACUUUGUUUUGGGUCAGGAAUCUGAUGAAAAACACCCUGGAGGUUUCGUUUCGAAGACCACCAUCACAAAAGAAGGAGAUGGACUGAAAUUUGUAUCGAAAGAAAGUGGGGGUAAGUUCCUCACCAGAUUGUACAAAUUCACCGACGCUGGAUUUGAAGUGGUCUUGAAUUUUGAAGGCUUCGAGGCAAAGAGAAUCUACAAGAGGCUAUAAAAGGAUUUUAAUGUCACCGAGCAAUCUAUCGUAUACAUAUUUUUAUGAUUUUUUUUCAGUAAAUUGAAAAAAAAAA